UCCUAACCAUGCAUGGAGGGUUCCAUCCCAAAUCCAGCACCCUGAGACUGUACGCAAGCCGAAAGGAAGGAGGCCGGGGACUAGUGAGUGUGAGAGCCACUGUCCAGGAUGAAACAUCCAAGCUCCAUGAAUACAUCAAGGAGAAGGCUCCAACGGAUGACGUACUCAGAGAAUGUCUCAGACAAUGGGGAACAGAAGAUGAGGUGCUGGAAGAGGGACCAUCAUGGGAGGACAAGCCCCUACACGGGAUGUACCACCGGACCAUAACUGAAGUGGCUGAUCUCAAGAAGUCCUAUCAGUGGCUAGAGAGGGCUGGCCUGAAGGACAGCACAGAGGCACUCAUCCUGGCUGCUCAGGAGCAGGCCUUGAGCACCAGAGCAAUCGAGGCCCAGAUAUACCACACCAGACAAGACCCAAGGUGUAGGUUGUGCAAAGAGGCACCUGAGACGAUCCAACACAUAACUGCAGGGUGUAAGAUGCUGGCAGGGAAAGCCUACAUGGAACGCCAUAACCAGGUGGCUGGCAUAGUCUACCGAAACAUCUGUGCGGAGUAUGGACUGGAAACCCCAAGGUCAAAAUGGGAAACACCUCCGAAGGUGGUGGAGAAUGACAGAGCGAAGAUCCUGUGGGACUUCCAGAUCCAGACUGACAAGAUGGUAAUGGCGAACCAACCAGAUAUCGUGAUCAUAGAUAAAGGGCAGAGGAAAGCCGUUGUAGUGGAUGUAGCGGUCCCAAGUGAUGGAAACAUCAGGAAGAAGGAACAUGAGAAACUCGAGAAAUACCAAGGGCUCAGAGAGGAGCUGGAGAGAGCCUGGAAGGUAAAGGUGACAGUCGUGCCUGUGGUGGUCGGAGCACUUGGGGCAGUGACCCCCAAACUAGAUGAGUGGCUGCAACAGAUCCCGGGAACAACAUCGGACAUCUCAGUCCAGAAAUGUGCAGUGCUGGGAACAGCAAGGAUACUGCGCAGAACCCUCAAGCUUCCUGGCCUCUGGUAGAGGACCCGAACUGAAUGAGGGACGGACACCACCCGAGGGGUGAGAUGAGGAUUAUAUAUUAGAGCUGCCUUUAUUGGCAUUAAUUUAAAUGAAUUUUAACGGGAUUAAAAAUUUUCUCGCGAGAUUAACGCGGCACACGUCACAAGCGGAUGUUACGUUGCUCUAUAAAUACACCAGAAACAAAACAACAAGCGCGCUGCAGAAGUCCACGCCCACGUCUGUUUUGCCAGCCACGGCAGCGCGAGACACCGAAAACGGAUACUUAAAGAGUUUAUGAAUGGAAAGUUUACUUUUAAAGAGUUGCCAUAUUGCUCCACUGACAAGACCAAAGUUAUCUGUUCUUCUCUCUCUCUCUCUGUAUCAUACAGGUAUACGAUGUAUGCCACUGACGCGAUUGUUACUUGUUUGGAACUAUUUUGUGUGGAAGGUUACAGCGUUCCGUGUCCAUAUAAAUACAGCGGGUGGAGCUUCUCUGUGUUCGUCUGACAGUGGUAGCGACCUAGCGAAAGUAAAAUGUCUCCAAUGUUGUCAUCGAACCAAGUUUAGUCAUUCGAAAUGAGGUCUACACAAACUCUUCAAGAUGAUGGCCACUUUCCAGGAGAUUUUCUGGAUAAAAGUCUUAUCCGGUUCUGCUUUCUUAAUCUUGUGCAGGAUGAGCUGGAUGAAGUUGUGAACACGUGGAACGCACACAAAAUAAGACCAAGAUUGCACCAUGAUACAGCUUUAGGUCGACCAGUCGUCAUGUAUUCAUUCCCUGCGAUGCACAGUGCCGAGGAUCAAUUAAAACCUGUUGGAACGGAAGAGGUCACUGCAUGUAUGGAAGAGUGCACUACAAAAGGCAAUUUUCCUUGUGAUGAAACUGUAUUUGAACUGUGUUGUUCGCUUAUGGAGGAAAAUGAAUGGCACGCGCCAUCAGAUACAUUGGAUGCAAGUGACUUGUAUGUUAAGUUGAGAGAGGAAUUACUGAAGUCUAUUUGACAUACAGUAUGUACUGAUGCAAUUUUGGGAAAAUGAAGCUUCAAAUUUGCUCCAUAAA